GAGCUUGAAAGUCAUAUUAACAGAUGAGCUCUGUCAUUGAGGCAUCAUCUCGGAUGGACUGUAACACUCUCUGAAACUUUCUGGAUUUAGGAAAAGCACUAAAGAAGUUGGAUUUGAGUAUCUCGGGUUUAAAUCAUUAGUGAUCAUGACCGAGGAUCAGGAUAAGUCACGCGCGGAGACUCCAAGUAGCCCGGCCGGGUCAUGCAGCUCGAUGUCCGCGGAGGACUCGGACUCGGACGCGUCUUCACCAUCUCCCGCUGGCUCUACCACACACACUUCACUCAUGAUCACGAGGAUGGGUAAAAAGCUAGAGGAGGAUGACAGGUUCCCGGCGUGCAUCAGGGACGCGGUGUCGCAGGUUCUGAAGGGUUAUGAUUGGUCUCUGUUGCCCAUGCCAGCGCGAGGCAGCGGCUCCAGCAAGAGCAAACCGCACGUCAAGAGACCUAUGAACGCGUUCAUGGUGUGGGCUCAAGCCGCGCGCAGGAAGCUGGCGGAUCAGUACCCGCACCUACACAACGCCGAGCUCAGCAAAACACUCGGCAAGCUCUGGAGACUGCUGACGGAGAAUGAAAAGAGGCCGUUUGUGGAAGAAGCCGAAAGAUUGAGAGUUCAGCACAAGAGAGAUCACCCGGAUUAUAAGUACCAGCCGAGGCGACGGAAGGGAGUGAAGCCAGGAGCGAGUGAGUCUGACGCCGCCGUCGAUCUAUCCCAUCACAUGUAUAAAGCUGAACCCGGCAGUUCUUCAGGUCAUAUCUCUGAUCAUACAGGCCAGCCUCAUGGACCCCCGACACCCCCAACAACGCCCAAAACAGACCUCCAUCAUGGAGGAAAGCAAGAUUCAAAGCACGAAGGAAGGCGUUUGCUCGACAGCAGUCGUCAAAACAUCGACUUCAGCAACGUUGACAUUUCUGAGCUCAGCACAGACGUCAUCAGCAACAUAGAAACCUUCGACGUGCAUGAGUUUGACCAAUACUUGCCUCUCACCGGCCAUGUUUCGACGCCGAUUACCUCAGAGCACGGGCAGAACGCCAGCGCUUACGCUUCACCUUACAGCAACGGGGCGUCCUGGAGCCGCAAAGGGCCCGUGGCAUCUUCGUCCCCGGGCACGAGUGAAGUGAACCUGCACAGAGCUCACAUUAAAACUGAGCAGUUGAGCCCGAAUCACUACAGCGAGCCCUCGCCCUCUCACUCCGAGUACAGCGUUUACAGCCCGCAUGCGUUCGCCAGCGCUCAGUGUGACUAUACAGACCUCCAAAGCUCCAGCUAUUACAGCCCUUAUUCCAGCUACCCGUCCGGCCUCUACCAGUACCCGUACUUCCAUUCCUCACGGAGACCGUACGCCAGCCCCAUCCUCAACAGCUUGUCCAUUCCCCCAUCCCACAGUCCCAACGCCAACUGGGACCAGCCCAUUUACACCACGUUAUCCAGGCCAUAAGGGCCAGCCGUUAUUAUGAGAAAGGACAGCUUUAGCUGAGGGGAUUUGUGCCAACUAACUAUGAAAUAAGUGCCUGCUGAUUUUUCCACACCAUUCGACGUUGACUGUUGGUGCUAAAUGUGUGAGUUUAUGCUUGUACAGCCAGUUAUAGCACUUGCAAACGUUUCCUUUUGAUAAUCCCAGGCGUGUUUUGUUGGAUUUAGUUGGUUGAAUCCUUAUUUUUUUUAGAGUAUCCCUGUAGGGGAAAUAUCUGCAGUUUUGUGUUCAGCUCACAGUCACCAGAUAACUCUAAAUGAAAUCAUUGAAAAAUAAUGGAUGACCAAUGGUUAGCAAUGAAAAAUUAUGUUUUAUUGUCUUUUUAUGUGUGCAUAAUUUCAGUGAGCACUUUAACAUGUCAAAGGCUCUUAAUUUGCUGUAAUAAUUGCAUUUUUAACAUCACCAGUCAUUGAUAUCACGUGCUUAUUGUCAUUGACUGCCUUGAAUAAAAGAAAAUAAAAAUUAAUUAUACAGCAAUCAGCUGAAAAUGUUGAGGCUGUGAAACAAACACACGAAACAGUGUUUACUCUGCAUUGUUCUAACAUCGUCUAAUAGUAAUUGCUGACAAUAUUUGUGUAAAAAAAAUAAAACUUUCUCUUAAAACUUA